UCCUCCCUUUCACAUUUGCUUCCUGCUCGCAGACUGUCUCUGUUCAUACCUCUCCUUCCCAGCUCUCUCCUUCUGCUUUUCUUAUAACUCAUAUUCAAAGCACGAGUGCUCUGUACUCUUCAUAUUACCUAACUAUUACUCUGUCUCGUACUCUGUUUUCCUCUUAUCUCGGAUUUGAAGUUGUUUUUACUCUUCAAAAUCCAUAAUUGCUUCUCCAAUCUGUUUUCUGUAUUCAUAGUCUUGGUUUGGUCCUCUUUCGAAGAGAGAGAAAUAGUACUGGAUUGGCCAAAAGUCCUAAAAAGCAGUAAAGAUGAUGAAAGAGAAUGUUCUAGCCGCUGGUACCAAAUCUCGUGUCAACCUAGCAAUUACUAUGGCCACGUCGGAACCGUCCAUUUUCACAGCAGGAAAGGCCGGUGGAUACAUUUCCAUUUCAAGGCCAAAGAAGAUUCUGGAGAACCUUGAUAUCAAUGGGGACAACCUCGAUAUCAAUGGGGAAGGAAGAUUAUGCUCUUGGGUUGACUCAAUGAGAGCUUCUUCUCCUACCCGUAUCGGAGCCACUCCUUCUUUGGCCGACCUUGACCAGAGUUCUUGGAUUGAUCACCAUCCAUCGGCCUUGGACAUGUUUGAGCAAAUCAUUGAUGCCUCAAAGGGAAAGAAGAUAGUAAUGUUUCUGGACUAUGACGGCACACUCUCUCCGAUAGUCGACGACCCAGACCGAGCUUUCAUGUCUGAUGCGAUGAGAAAGACGGUGAGAAAACUUGCGACCUGUUUUCCCACUGCCAUUGUGAGUGGGAGGUGCAGAGAUAAGAUCUAUAGCUUCGUACGGUUAGCAGAGUUGUACUAUGCCGGAAGCCAUGGCAUGGACAUUAAAGGACCGGCAAAAGGCUCCAAAUACAAGAAGGGUAGUGGUCGUGGCGUUCAGUUCCAAGCCGCGCGUAAAUUUCUUCCGAUGAUCGACGAGGUUUACAAGAAGUUGGUGGAGAAAACUAAAGCAACUCCGGGGGCUCAAGUGGAGCACAACAAGUUCUGUGUCUCUGUUCAUUUUCGACGUGUUGAGGAAAAGAAAUGGAAUGAACUAGCCCAACAAGUUAGAUCAGUUCUGAAAGAGUACCCAAAGCUUCGACUUACUCAAGGAAGAAAGGUAUUAGAAAUCCGUCCUACCAUAGAAUGGGACAAGGGGAAGGCUCUCGAAUUUUUGCUAGAGUCUCUUGGAUUUGCCAAUAGUACGAAUGUGUUUCCUGUUUACAUCGGAGACGAUCGGACAGAUGAAGACGCAUUCAAGAUAUUAAUAGAGAAAGGACAAGGUUUUGGCAUUCUUGUCUCCAAGUUCCCAAAAGAAACGAGUGCAUCUUAUUCGUUACGAGAACCAGACGAGGUUAUGGACUUUUUGAAACGCUUGGUCCAAUGGAAACGACCGUCACUACGAGCACAGUUGUAA